AUGGCCGAGUUGGUGGGGAAGUCCGUGCAGGAGGCGAAGAGGGUGAUUUUGAAGGACAAGCCAAAGGCGAAGAUUGUCGUUGUGUCGGCGCGGUCAAUGGUGACCAAGGACUACCGCCCAGAUCGUUGCCGAGGAACUGAUACCAUGGCAUCUGGGUGUGCAGACUCGUCCCCGAUGCUGCCGCCGUACAUACUGCCUGAGGACGGUGCUGCAUCCUGCUACAAGGAAUUUGUCCUGGAUGCUGCCGCAGUACUGCCUGAGGAUGGCGCUACAAGGUGCAAACUAAUGGAGGCUGCUUCUUGGAUGCCCUUGAGUUACUCACGGAAGGCACAGGAUUGGGCCCCCAGAUUUUUAGGGCCCUGGGCGGCCGCACACCCUGCCCACCCACUAGGGCCGGCCCUGGAUGGGCCUCUCCCCUUCUCCCUGGAGACAGGGUACGUGGAGGUGGAGGAGACGCAUGGCGUGGAGCUCUUCUACUACUUCAUCGAGUCAGAGCGCAACCCGCAGGAAGACCCUCUCAUCCUCUGGAUCUCCGGCGGCCCCGGCUGCUCCGGUCUCAACGCUCUCUUCUUCGACAUCGGCCCUCUCAAGUUGGACGUUGCUGGCUACACCGAGGGAUUAUUCCCGCGCCUCUUCUACUUUGAGGCCUCAUGGACAAAGGUGAGCAACGUCAUAUUCCUUGACGCGCCGGUGGGUACAGGCUUCUCGUACGCCCGGGAAGCGCAGGGGCUCAACGUCAGCAUUACCGGAACCGGCAGGCAGGUCCGAAUAUUUCUUGAGAGGUGGUUCGUCCAGCACCCGGAGUUUGCCUCCAACCCGCUAUACAUCGGCGGCGAUUCCUACUCUGGUAUCACCGUCCCAGUAACCGCGCUGGAGAUGGCCAACCAUAAUCCCAAUGGAGAGCUGAACCUUAAGGGGUACAUGGUGGGCAACGGUCUCACAGACAAGAAUUGUGACGAUGGCGGCAGGUUUCCGUUCAUGCAUGGAAUGGGACUCAUCUCUGACGAGCUCUACGAGGGGGCGCUGGACAGCUGCGUCGGGGACUUGGUGUCGACGCCGAAGACCACCGAGUGCGCCCAGGCGCUGCAGGCCAUCAGCGAGGCUACCUCUGAUAUCAACCCAAUGCACAUCUUGGAGCCCCUGUGUGAAGUGGAGUACUUGCAACAUUCAACUCCAAACAGAAUCUUUGCAACAAGGCUGCUCGUGCAGGAGGAGAAUGACGAGCCGGGCUCCAUCUUUCCCAGGACUGCAUCUCCCUCGCUCCCUGUGGAUUGUCGUGCCAGCGGGUACUAUCUGUCGGACAUCUGGGCGAAUGACGCAGAGGUCCGGGAGAUGCUAGGCAUCCGGGAGGGGUCAGUUGGCAUCUGGAGGUUGUGCCCCACAUUGCUGCACUUGCGGAUGGACGUGCACAACACAGUACCCUACCACCGCAACUUGACGCAGCGCGGGUACCGGGCGCUGGUGUACAACGGCGACCAUGACUUAGUGAUAACCUUUGUGGGCACGCAGGCAUGGAUCAGGACGCUGGGAUACCCUGUGGUGGCGCCAUGGAGGCCCUGGUACUCAAACCGUCAGCCUGCGGGGUUCACCACUGAGUACGCGUACAACUUAACCUACGCUACCGUCAAGGGCGGUGGCCACAUGGCGCCGGAGAGCCGCCCUAAGGAGUGCCUUCACAUGAUCGAAAAAUGGACAUCACCCGCGGGGAGGCUCUGACUUAUCGCUAGGUCCCCUCCAUUAGCCAGCGUCGCUGGAUGCAUGCCUGAUAUUUUUACUACUUGGCUGUACCGUACAUCCAAGACCAAAGAUGACUGUGUUGUGCACAAGAACCAGGAGUUUACCUGUGAUGUGUGGUCAGUCACCCAGGUGCUUCUAGUGUGUACUUGCCCUGUAAAUAUUUUCUGCAAUUGGUUAUGGGCAUUGAUCGCCGACUUGGUGUUUGAUGGCAAAGAAAAAUAUGGUCGGGAGUUCCAGUAUCA